CCUGGUCACUCUGGAGGAGGGCAGGUUUGGGGACAGCUCCCACCUUCCUAGUGCCCUGAAGGAGCCUGGGUCUGGCUCUCUGGCUGUGCUGUACCUGCGACUCCCAGGAACCCCGUCUAUAGGGUCCCCUCCAUGGGACCCCCACUGCUGCCUUGAGGGCUCUGCUUGUCUUCUCAUCCCCUGGAGGAGAGCAGGGCCAUGGGUUGGCCUCUGCUGCCACCCCUGCUGCUGCUGCUGCCGCCAGCGUUUCUGCAACCUGGUGGCUCAGCAGGAUCCAAUCCACGCUCAGCUUUUGGGGUCAUCCAACGUGAAUACCUCUCGGCCCCCAUCGGAGGCUCCAUCCAAAUCCCCUUCUCCUUCCAUUACUCCUGGGUCUUAGCCAAAGUUCCCAAAGUGAGUGUAUUCUGGAGACGGGGACAAUUCCACGGGGAGUUCAUCUUCAACACAACCCCGCCUUUCAUCCAUAAGAAUUACACAAACCGGCUCUUCCUGAACUGGACAGACGAUCAGAAGUCCGGCUCCCUCAGGAUCUCGAACCUGAGGAAAGGGGACCAGUCCGUGUACUUCUGCCGAGUCCAUCUGAUCACACAGGACGCAGGCAGGCAGAUGUGGCAGUCCAUCCGGGGGACCAACCUCACCAUCACCCUCACUGCCAAGACCACCCAGAGACCCACCGAGGCCACCACAGCCACUGCAGCCACCACAACUGCUGUCAGUGUCACCGAGGGCAAAGAGAGCUCAGGGUCUCAGCCCCUGAGUUUGGAGACUGCAUUCGGGGCAGCUGCGGCCGUUGCUGUGCUCAUUGCCAUGAUUUUCGGACUGAUGGUCUUCCUCAGGUGGAAGAGAAGGAAAGGUCAGCAGACUAAAGCCACAACCCCAGCCAGGGGAUCCUUCCAAAACACGGAGGAGAAAUAUGAGAAUAUUGGGAGUAAAGGGCAAUAUGGAGAGCCUAAGCUGAACCCCAAGGAUGAUAUCGUCUAUGCCACCCUUGCGCUCUCCAGCUCCACCUCACCAGGAGCACCACCCAGCCACCAUGACCACAGUCGCCCCCAGGAAGAGACUCUGUACUCUGUCUUAAAGUCCUAACCAGUGGGAUGGCCCUCUCAAGACCGAAUGAUGAGGCCAGGCAUGGUAGCUCAUGACUAUAAUCUCAGCUACGUGGGAAGCUGAAGCAGGAGUGCUUGAGGCCGGAA